UUAAGACAUUUAUACAUCUUCUAAAGCAGCAGGUUAUUACACAGAAAUAAACAUGCCUUCAGAAACAGGAAAAACAGAUAUGGAGAGAAUUGGUCUCUUUAGUGAAAUGGAGUACAUCAGCAUUGGGGAUAAAUAUGUCUCACAAUUUAACCGCCCUUUUAAUGAAGCUGCAAGCAAGAACAAGCAGAUGCUGCCAGGGGGUAACAAGGAGAAGGCAGCUACCCAGGCAGGUUAUUUUGACCCUGUUUUUGGAAGAAUUUUCGAAGGUGAAAGCUAUUUAAAUCCUGUUCAGCUACGGAGACGAUAUCGAAUGGCGGAGGCAAAGAAAAACCUGGGAAGCAAAGCCUUCCUUCCCAGUAAUGGAGAUAAAUUUCCUUGUGGUAUAGGAACAUAUUAUGGAACAAUUGGAGGUCCAUGUCCCUAUUUUAGUGCACAAACCAAAGACAGGCCACCAUAUGUUCAGCCUGGGAAGAAUCUUUAUACCAAUCCAGGAAAGAAAGGAACUGGCUAUGGGUAUCCAAAUCUUACCAUAGGUAAACCGUACCCCCAUUCAGUUGAAUUAUAUGACAUCGGGAGGAUAAACUUUAAGAAAACAUCUGAAGAACACCAUCGCCUUAUGAAAGGUGGGCCUUUCAAAUUGAAUCUUUAUCCUCGAGAGUAUUUUGAUAUAAAUCCUUACCACGAUGACAAACCAUUGCCACCACCAAAGAAACAACCGGCAGUAAAACCAAUUCAGCAACCAUUUAAGCCAAGCUCUCCUGCCAAGAAGCCAGGAGGCAUGAAAGCAGGCACAUUUGAUCCUUAUCCAUCUCAUUCCACGGAUCCUUACAUCAUUAAGCUGCCCAGGCCUAUCACAACCAAUAAACAAGGGCAGGUCUUUCAUCCUAAUCCUGGGACUAAGAGCAGACCAGUAAGAAGUAUUAUGACCUCAAACAUCGAAAAAUCAUUAAACGUAACCAACUACACAAAUCCACGUGUGAUGUCGUAUUAGCUGUACAAAAGAAAGAUGAAUGAACUCUGCAAACAGAAUCAGCUCAAGUAAAUAAAAUUUUGUCGCUGUGGGAAACAUGUUAAA